AUGCCUCACCGUAAGCCAUGGAUUGUCAAAGUUCAGGCCCAUCCUGGGUCGACAACUGAAGAGAUUCGGAACGAGCCGGAUUGGGUUUCUGGGCACCAGCAUCGCGUUGGUUUCAGAGACCGAAAUAACCGACUCCCUGGACUUACUCAUAAAGACGAUGAGUAUAGAGAAGAGGUUGCGAGGGAGAAGCAGAAGUAUCUUGCAUUUCAGAAGAGGGCCAAGAGUGGAGAAUUGAUCAAUUUCAGAGACUUGAUUGAGAAUCAAAAGGACUUUCAUCUGCGGCAUCCGGAGAAUCGCUCACUUGGGUGGAGAUAUGUUCUCACCGCGACUGAGGAUUGGGUCAAGAAUAAAGAGCCAUGGCCCGCAAACCUAAAGAAGCAGGAGGAAGAAGAGAAGAAGAAGAAAGAGGAUGAAGCGAAGAGCGAUGAGAAGGAUGGCAUGCCUGAGCAAGAGCAUGAGUGGAAACGUUCCUCGGAUAAAGACAAGCACCACGAUGCAUACGCAAAGAACAAAGAGGACGAGGAAAAGAAGCAGGAAAAGACUUCAGAUGAUGAAACAAAGCUCUCAGACAAGUAUACGCCAGCCGAGAUAGCUCUUCUGCGGGCUCUGGAGCAUGAAAAGAACUACAUACAGCACCUCAGAGAGAACAAUGGAAAGAGAAGUUCCCCUCAGCACAAGAAUCUCACGCAGAUCUCAAUCGACGAACAGGACCAGUUCAGUCCAGACAACUGGCUUCCUCGCUCUCCAGACCUCAUCCGUCUCACUGGGAAGCACCCUCUCAAUGCUGAGGCGCCUUUGACGCGACUGUACGAAGCUGGUCUAAUUACGCCUAAUGAGCUUCACUACGUCCGAAACCACGGUCCCGUUCCGCGUAUUCUGUGGGAGUUCCACGAGUUGGAGAUCACUUACGAUGGCAAAACUCGGACGCUUUCUAUGGAUGAGCUGAAAGAGUUUGAUACGAUCAACAUCGCUGUUGCACUUGCUUGUGACGGUAACAGACGCAAGGAACUCAACAUGAUAAAGAAGAGCAAGGGCUUCAACUGGGGCGCUGGAGGUGCGAGUUGCGCCUAUUGGAAAGGGCCUCUACUGCGAGAUGUACUCCUUGCAUAUGGUGUUCCCGAAAAACCUCCGGGCCUGGGCGAGAAGCGAUAUUGGGUCAACUUUGAAGGCACUGAUGACUUGAGCGAAGGGAAAUACGCGACCUGCAUCCCUUUUGAGCAUGCCAUGGCGCCCAACAACGACGUAAUUCUAGCCUACGAGAUGAAUGACGUUCCGUUACCCCCUGAUCACGGUUACCCCGUUCGUGUCAUCAUUCCAGGAUAUGUCGGCGGGAGAAACGUCAAGUGGCUGAAGAAGAUAUGGAUAAGUGAGAAGGAAAAUGAUUCUUACUAUCACAUCUGGGAUAACCGCGUUCUUCCAUCGUUUGUCACUGAGAAAGAUGGCCCCUUCGCCGAAACCCUCUUUCAUCAUCCCGAUACAGCAUGCAAUGAGCAGAACCUCAACUCUGUCAUCGUCAGGCCGGCACAAGGCGAGAAGAUUCCUUUGAACAGUGUCAAGAAGGGAGAAAACUAUCGUAUCGAAGGUUAUGCAUAUGACGGAGGAGGCCAUGAGGUUCAGCGUGUUGAGGUCUCCCUUGACGAUGGAGCAACUUGGCUGUACUGCAUCCGCAAAUUCCCCGACCAUCCAAUCCGCCACGGGAACAAAUUCUGGAGUUGGCUCCACUGGCAUGUCGACGUUGAGAUUUCCCAUGUUAUUCGUGCAAAGAGUAUCAUGGUUCGAUGCUUCAACGUGUUCAAGAACACGCAGCCGAGAGAGCCAAACUGGAAUGUCAUGGGUAUGAUGAACAACUGUUGGUACACAGUACGUCCUGAGAUCACCGAGGACGACGACUCAGAAACGCCUUCUAUUUUUUUCAGACACCCUGUUGAGCCAGCUACAAAAGACGGUGGAUGGAUGAAACCAAGCGUUGAGAAUAAGAUUGCAGAGGCGAAGCAAGAAGCCGGUGCGCCCCAGAAGGAAUUUACCCGAGAAGAGAUUGAGAAGCAUAAUACUCAGGAUAACUGCUGGCUUGUCGUCGACGGAAAGGUCUACGAUGCAACUAGUGUGCUCGAAUGGCAUCCUGGCGGUGCAGCUGCUAUUCUUGGGCACGCUGGUAAGGUGCAUCAGGAGACGAGUGACGAGUUUGCUAGUAUCCAUGAUGACUAUGCUUACAAGAAACUCAAAGAAUGUGCUCUUGGUGUUGUGACUGAAAAGGCAGCCAACUUCAUCAAACAAAAUGCAGAAGCUGCUGCCAAAGAAACCUCUGAGUCGAGCAACAAGGAUGAGAAUCUAGCACUGGACAAGCACAGAUGGAUUCCAGUCAAGCUCAUUGACCGCAAGAAUCUUUCCAAAGACACCAGAGCUUAUACCUUCCAAUUGCCCGAGGGUAAAAACAUCCUCGGCCUUGGGACAUGCCAGCAUGUUCAGAUUGGCUUCCAUAUGCUGGAUAGGAUGCUCAUCCGCUCAUACACACCCACGAAGCCACUUCUCCCAGCCCCAGGCGAAAGGUCAUCCAAUGGAAGUGCCGUGCCUCUUCGAGAUGGAGAUGGCACCUUUGAGCUCACGGUCAAGACUUACUUCCCCGAUGAGAAUCAACCGGGCGGCGCACUCUCCAACAUCUUAGACUGUAUGCCCAUCGGUGAAGAAGUCGAGCUUCGUGGCCCAACCGGAGAAAUAGUCUACAACGGCAAUGGAAACUUCGUUAUUGAAGGUAAAGAUCGUCACUUCGAUCGUGUAUCCCUCGUGCUUGGCGGUUCAGGCAUAACGCCAGGCUACUCCCUCCUCGCACGUAUUCUCCUCUCUAACAAUGAUAAGACAGAGAUUCGAGUUGUGGACGCCAACAAAACAGAGGCUGAUAUUUUGCUGAAAGAGGAGCUUGAGGAGUUUGAGAAGAAGUCUAAAGGACAGUUGAAGGUGACUCAUGUCCUAAGUCAUGCUAAUGAUAGUUGGGAGGGAAAGACAGGCCACGUAAAUGAGGAUAUCAUUAAGCAGAGUUUGUUCGAACCGUCUGAGAAGAGUGCUGUUUUCUUAUGCGGUCCGCCGGCGAUGAUACAGAAGGCUGCACUUCCUGCUCUCAAAGACUGGGGUUACGUGGAGGAUGAGAAUAUGUUUGGAUUCUAG